GUUCAAACGAAGCUGCCUUGGAGUAGAUAAUAUUUAGGUACUGUAGCUCUUGAAAUUCCACCUUCAUUACGUAUAAACCAUAUCCUUUCUUUGUAGUUCCAUCCUGCUGUCAAUUGACAAGAAUUAUUUCUACUAAAUAUCGCCCAUCAUGUCAACUGGAGUAGGAAUGAGCUCUUGCUGUUUGUCUGGAAAGAUCCAUGAAGGUGUCCCGACGGGCCACGAAGAAACUGUGGCCGGACUGAAGACCUACGUCGCAGAGACUGCGGAUAAAUCCAGGGCCAAGUCUGUGGUCAUCUUGACCGACGUCUUCGGAUGGCAGCUCAAGAACGUGCGACUCCUGGCAGACAACUAUGCCAAAGCUGGGUUCCACGUCUAUAUUCCUGACAUUCACCAAAACGAUUCAAUCGCAGCGGAGUUUUUGCAGGACGUCGAACCUCCAUUGACCGUUCGCGAAGGUCUCAGCAUCACGCAAAAAGCGACAAAGGCAGCUAGCGUUACAAGCGUGCUUGGACCGUGGCUCAUUAAGCACCGUGAAGCCGUCACAUUGCCGCUUAUCGAUGGUUUCAUAAAUGCAGUCAAAUAUAUUCCCGGCACAAAUAAAGUGGGAGUUCUCGGAUUCUGCUGGGGUGGUCGUUACGCCGUGCUUGAAGCAAACUCUACUGGUAAAGUUCACGGCGGGGUGGAUGCCGCCUACGCGUGCCAUCCAUCAAUGAUCUCUGUCCCCGCCGACUUUGAGCCCGUGAACAAGCCACUCAGCCUGGCCUUUGGAGAUAAAGAUAGUCUUGUGGAUCAGGUCACUGUCGGAAAAAUCAUUGAUACACUUGCAGUAAAGACCGAGCUUCCUCACGAAAUCAGAAUAUAUGAGGACCAAGUACAUGGGUUUACACUUCGAGGUGAUUGGAGCAGCGAUAAGGAUAAAAAGGCCAUGGACGAGGCGUUGCAGCAAGGCGUUGAUUGGUUUUCAACAUAUCUUUCCUGA